AUGCUGUUUUUAUAAUACCAGUUGAGUAAAUAGAAGAAACAAUUGAAGGUAAAAGAGCAAGAGUUGGAAAAUUAAAUUUAGUAGAUUUAGCUGGUAGUGAAAGAGUAUGAGUCACAGGAGCUACAGGUAUUUGUUUAGAAGAAUCAAAAAAAAAUUAAUAAAUCUCUUUCUGCUUUAGUAAAUGAUAUUUCUGCAUUAACUGAAGAAAAAUAACUGAAAUCUUAUAUUCCAUACAGAGAUUCUAAAAAAACUAGAUUAUUAGAAGAUUCAUCCGGAGGAAAUUGCAAAACAACUUUUAUGGCUAUGAUAUAAAAAAACCACCUUAAAAAUAAAAUAUGA